AUGGUACUUGAAAGUCUUAUUGAAUGUUAUUCUCAUCUUGAAGCUAAAAAAACCGAAGAUUCACCUCGAUUACAAAAUGCUGCUGAUAAAGUUCGUUUCGAAUUAUAUGAAUGGCGUCGUAUAAAUAAUAAACGUAUUAAUAUAUUAAAUUUGAUACAUCAAGAACCAAAACAUUCAUUAGAACAAUUUGUUCAAGAUUUAACAAAAUUUCAGCAAACAACUGGUCGUCUUCAAUCAUUAUUACAUAUUCAACAAAAAGUAAAAAAUCGUAUAAUACCAAUGAAAAAAUAUGAAGAAACUUGA